ACAAAUAUACAGAACCGGCCAAAGCUCUAACUUGGAAAUUGAUUUGAAAGGUGAAAUAAAUCUCUCUCAAAAAAAAAUUCUCCGGAACCUGGACCUAGGAGCUCAGAUGGCAAAUCCCGAAGGAGAUGAGUGGAUAAAUAUUUCAAAACAUCAAUCUGGAUUGGUUUGGAGACUCCGUUCAAAAUGCACACCCUCAAAAAAAGAAGAAAAAAGGAAAACAUUUUUUUUCGUACACCAGGAGCCCAACAGCUUCGAACAAAAAUGCGUCCAUUACUAAAGUCGUUCCCAGGGCAUUUUACCUUACAUGGGAAGGGGGAGUGGGAAGAUGUCUUUAAUCGGAGUUGCCGCGGUUUGGUCACGUGGUAAGUAGCCUCCAUGAUCGCGCUGAUCGAUCCUGCUUUUGACUGGUUUGCCAAUGUUAAGUUGAGUAUCAGAAAUGUCAUCACUAGAGAAGCUUGAAAAGAGCAGCAGUUCUUGGUUAUGCAGCACUGCCGCCAAGAAGGAGUUUUUUCUCAGCAACAGUGAUUUACACUCAUUAGUACAUCGAUAUCGUCAAAUGAACAAACCCUUGAAGGGCAGACCAGUCAAGCUCUGGAACUCUGAAGAACUGAGGCAAGCUGCAGAGGAGAAGUAUGGGAAGGAAACCUUCCAUGCGAAAGUCAACAAGAGAGCCCAGAGGAGGCAAUUAAGAAACAAACCAGUUUUUAAUGAUGAAGAAAAAGUUAGGAAGGCUACAGGCCCAAUUAAAAGACUUGGCAAGAGAAAAACGACAAAGACAACAACUCAGUUCAAGGCUAAGAACCUCACUGCAAAACAGGAUACUCAAAAUUCAAGUGUAGAACUUGAAGGACUUUGUGACUGUAUAAAGAAAUGUGAUAAAGUGCAACUGGAGCAGAUUAUUGCUGUUAUGGCACAGAGGAACACAGCCUACUUGAGACUCUUUGAUGAAGUAAAACAAGUUGCAUUACUGCCAAGAUCAAAAUUCCGGCUUAUUGAAUCACAUAUCGCCAAGCUCCUGUCCACAUCAGAUGAUGAACAGGGUUCACAAAAUCUAGUUUCCAAAGAGGAUAAUGUGGAAAGAAAUGAGGAAGACGAACAAGAGGUGUUAAAUAUGGAACUGGAAGGUACUUGGACACUAAGUAUUGUUGCUCCACUAUGUAAGAGAGGAGGAGAAGGUUCAUUAGAAGUUGUCCUGUUUGGUUCUGGGCUCAGUGUAAAUGGUGAUAUUUCAUUCCCUACCUCAAGUGUUUUUGGUGAUGUAGUGGGAUUCAAAACUGACAGUUAUAUCGAAGAUUCAUCAAUGUGUUUUGAGACCAGAAGCAAACUGUGCGAUAACUGGUAUACUGGUGCACUGCAAGUAUUUAUUUCGAGAGAUGGUGAAGGACUGCAUCUAUCAGGGUCCUUCUGGCCAGGUUUCAAUGAGCAAGAUGCAACAAAUACAUUUCAGUUUACUGGAAGGAAAGCUGAUAUACAGACUUAAAAACAGUGAUUGAAAAUCAGCUUGGUAGCAAUUGGAUAUAAUAUUGACCAAACUUACAAACACUUUGACAUGGAAGCAAUGCAACUAAAAUCAGGGGUAUAAUUAUUUCAUUGUUGGCUGCAAGAAUAAAGUUAUGAUCACCAAAAAUGUUCUCGCACUUGUAGAAAUUUGUGAUUAAUUUUUGACAACGGUCUGAUAGCUUGUUGUAAUUGGCCAAACAAAAUAUAUAUGAACUUUGAAAGGCAGAGUUUGAAACUAUACAAGUGCAUUCUGAAAGUUGAAAUCUCUACUUCCCACUGUUCUUGCAAUUUGAUUUGAUAUAGACCUUAACCUGGAAAAGCCAAAACAGUAACAGUACUAUUUUCAGAAAGGAGUUAGAAAGGGGUCAAAAAUUGAUCAGAAGCUUUGUCAAUUGGCAGCAGUUGGGUGAUCAUCACUGUAAUCUUGCUUAGAGAGUCCUACCUCAAUUCAACCCAAGUAGGUAGACUUAGGUCGUGCACACCAUUUGCAUGUAAAGUCAUGUAUUGUGCUGCUUUUUAAGGCCAAAUUGGGGAUUUUACAUCAAUAUUUCACAGUUACUGCAUAGAUAUUGUGAAUAGUAAGUGGCAGGCUUUGCUAUUCUUAACAGUUAUCUUUGAGUAUUUGAAUCAGAGACAAGCAAUGUGACUGACAUUUAAACUGUCCUUGAAAAUAAAUCAUGAGCUUUUAUAUGAUAUUUUACAUGGAGCAUUGAUUAAUUGGUUUGCUUAGUUGUUUUUAAAAUGUUUCACACUAACAAGAUUGUAAAAAAAAAAAGAAUGAAAAUCUCACUUUAGGUUUAAAAGUCAAACUUUGCUUGGUCCUUACCAGAGGAUCCCAAGUCAAUACUGACUGUGUGAAGUUUCAAACUGUACAUAUAAAUACAUGGUGACAUGGACACUUAUUGAACAGUAUGUCUAUUAGACAUUAAAAGUGGUAUUUUAUUUUUAUGUUAUUUUUUUAAUUUGUGAAACUAGUAAUUCAUAUUGACGUGUCACAAGCAAUGCGUGGCAUUUGUAUAUUCACUCUUAUUAGGUUUAUACUGCUCUUAUUUUCAGUAACACUCGUUUUAAAAUACUGUUUCACUGACCAUGUGGCAAUAUGCUGAAGAUACAAUAUUGCUCCAUGUUGUUUUAUUGUUACAUCUUUGAUGUUUCUUAUCUUAGUUUGUGAAAUUUGUACAUCAAGAAAGAUCAUUUAAGGAUACUGUGGCAUAGUCCUUAUUAUGGGGACUGCAGGGAGGAGGGGUUUGGUAGGGCUGUUGCCCUACCUCUUUUUUGUUCAAUUUAUUGGGGUUGUAAUUAUAAUAGAGUGCGAAGACAUGGGUGGAUCCAGAGGGAGGGUGCAUGGGGUGUGUUCCCCCCCCCCUUCCCCGGAGAUGACAUGUAGCUUUCCGACAUAACUGGUAUUCAGUUACACCAUUCCUUAGUGGUGCACACCCUCCCAAGAAAAAUCCUGGAUCUGCCCCUGAAAGACAUGAUAAAUGGUGGAACAGUGACUCCUUAGCUAGAAUUGAAACCCCUACCACAGCCUGGGUUUCAAAAUGGUCUCCACGGUCCCUGAAUCCAGCCACUACCACAUGGAUAGUGAGCUAUCAUAAUAAAUGUUAUUUUGACAUUUUUUUUAGCGAGUAUUUUAGUCCAUAUUAAGGUCCAGAUGAGUUUGUAACAGUUUAUACUUAAAUAUCCUCGUACAAAACGAAGUUUUGUCAGAUCAAUGUUAAUAUUAGUUCAAAUUUAAACCUGUUAAAACACUUGUCAACCUUUUAACAAGUUGACUUCAAAACAUUUUAUACUGAUCCAGCAUUCAGCUGUUUAUUUUUUUUUUGGCCGAGCCGUUAAUGUUGUAUGGAAUAUAAAUCAGUUCUCUUUUCAAUGCAUUAUAUAGUAUAUAUAUAUUACUCUACGUAGUAUCCUUUGUUCAAUAAACUCUAGAAAGGCGUUGCGUUCUUGACAAAAUGUCUGUUUUUGCUAUUGUACAGCAACCAACAUUGCCACCGGCCCUCUUUAUUGCACAUACAGACAUAGUUGAGGUAGAUGGGAGUCCCGGGGGUGGCGAAUUGUCUCCUUUUUCG